AUGGAGUUAUCAUUGUGCUUAAUUAUGCGUCAGAAAUUGGUAUUAAGGCUUUUGUUGAUUAAUGUUUUUAUUGCUAAUCAUAUAUAUUUUGUUUCUGCGGAGAAGCCAUCUUGCCACGAUGAGGAGAGGUCAGCAUUGUUGCAAUUCAAGGAUAGCUUUGUCAUUAACCAAUCUGCAUCUUCUUUUGAAGGUGCUUAUCCAAAGUUUUUACAGUGGAAAUCCAAUAAUUGCUGCUUAUGGGAUGGCAUCAAUUGUGAUGCAAAGGCUGGACAUGUGAUUGCUCUUCACCUUAGCAGUAGUUGUCUCUUUGGCUCUAUCAACUCCAAUAGCACCCUCUUCAGCCUUAUUCAUCUUCAAAUUCUGAGUCUUUCAGACAACCAUUUCAAUUUCUCUCAGAUUCCUACUGCUAUUGGCCAACUUUCUCAUCUAACUUAUCUCAACCUCUCUAGUUCUGCUUUUUAUGGUCAAGUCCCAUUAGAAAUUUCCGACUUGAACAAGUUGUCCUCCCUUGAAAUGUCUUACAAUUAUGAUCCAGUUACUGAAGAAAAGUUUUUGCAGCUUAAAGAUCCUAACUUCAAAACACUAGUUCGGAAUCUGACCAGGUUAGAAAUACUUAUCCUUAAUUUUGUAGACAUGUCAUCUGAGGUACCUCAUUCACUUGCAAAUUUCUCUUCUUUGACGACAUUGAUUCUUAAGGAUUGUGAAUUGUAUGGUGAUUUUCCUGAAAAAAUUUUUCAACUUCCAAACCUACAAAUUUUGAGUGUGCGGUAUAAUGAGUAUCUCACCGGUCGUUUGCCUGAAUUCCAGAAAAGAAGCCCUCUUAUAGAAUUGAUGCUAAAGGGGCCUAUUCCAUUUUCCCUAGGUAAACUUACCCAACUUACAUAUCUAAACCUGGGGAACAAUAAUUUCAAGGGUGGCGUUCCAUCCUCUCUUCGAAACCUUGCCCACCUCACAUUAUUUUCAGUUGGGAAAAAUCAACUAACUGGUCCAAUCCCACCAUGGUUGGGGAACCUUACCAAACUAACCUCUCUAGACCUUCAGAAAAAUCUAUUGCAUGGUCCAGUUCCACAAUCAUUAGCUAUGCUUGUGAAUCUUCAAACUCUUUAUAUAAAUAAUAACAAUUUGGGUGGCAAUUUGAAAUUUGACAUGUUUCUUAACAUGAAGAGUCUCACUCGUCUCCAACUUGGUGACAACAAUUUGUCAUUGAUCUUUGGAGAAGCGAGUAAAAAUGCAACGGAUUCAAAAUUCAAGCUUCUAGAUCUGAGUUCCUGUAACCUGAGAAAAUUCCCACAUUUUCUCAAGCAUCAAAAUGAACUGGAGUGGUUGGUUCUUUCCAGAAACAAUAUAGAUGGCCAACUACCGAAUUGGAUGUUGAAUAUAAGCAUAAACACUUUGCUCACGUUGAGUAUUCCCUCCAACCUCCUAGCAGGCUUCAACCAACUUCCAGUAGUUCCUCCUUGGGUUAACUUAUGCCAAUUUGAUAUUUCGUUUAAUAUGUUGCAAGGACCAUUGCCAAUUCCUCCACCAUCCAUCGUUGAUUAUGAUGCCUCUAACAACAUGCUGGCUGGAGAAAUUUCACCGGUAGUUUGCAACAUGAGCUCGCUUAACAACCUUGAUUUGUCUAAUAACAACUUGGGUGGCAUAAUUCCACCAUGUUUGGGAAACUCAGCUAGUCCUCUGGUAAUGUUGAGUUUGAGAAACAAUUCUUUACAUGGCAUCAUUCCUGAAAUAUGCAGCAACAAUAUGAGUAAAUUGAAAAUGAUUGAUGUUAGUGAUAAUCGAUUGCAAGGGGAGCUACCACGAUCGUUGUCCAAAUGUUUGAUGCUUGAAGCUAUUGUGGUCUCAAACAAUCAAUUUCAUGAUACUUUUCCAUCAUGGUUGGGAUCCCUUUCGUUCUUGAAACUUCUCAUGCUGCGCGAUAAUGGGUUCUAUGGUGUAAUUGGGAAACCAGAAAAGGAUAUAGACUUCUCCAAUUUGCGAGUGCUUGAUUUGUCUUCUAAUAGUUUUAGUGGUGAAUUGCCAUCUCAAUACAUCUUUAAUUGGAAUGCCAUGAAGUCUAUCAAACCCAUUGGUUUGAGAUAUAUGAGUGCCAAUUGGAGCAGUACUUUUUCAAAUGAUUAUCAAUACAGUAAUGGUCUGCGUUAUAAGAUCACAAUAAUGUAUAAAGGGGUACCUACACACUACGAUGCCAUCCAAGAUGUCUUUGCUUUCAUUGAUCUAUCCGACAACAGAUUUGAAGGAAAGAUUUCUGAUUUGUUUGGGAGCCUAAAGGCACUUCGCUCGUUGAACCUUUCCAACAACAUGCUCACAGGUUGCAUCCCGUCAUCGUUGGGGUAUUUAACAGAACUUGAGUCAUUGGACCAUUCUCGAAACAGCCUCUCCUAUCAUAUCCCUCAACAACUGAAGCAACUUGGAAUUCUCUCAAGCUUUAACGUCUCCCACAAUAAUCUGACGGGGCCUAUACCUCAAGGGAACCAGUUUAGUGUGUUUGAUAACAGUUCCUUUUAUGGGAACCUAGAAUUGUGCGGUGAUCCAUUUUCAAAGAAAUGUGGAAAUUCACAGUCAUCACCACCUUUAGAAGAGGAUCAUGAGGAUUCAAAGUCUAUAUUAAAAAAAUACUGGAUAUUUAUAUUGGCAGGUUACAUAAGUGGGCUGGUUGUUGGAGUGGUUCUUGCUGAUAUUGCCAUCACGAGGAAACCUGGAUGGUUUCAUUGGUGCUUUGUUGAUCUUCCAUCAUCAUCAUUUUAUUCUUCUUCUUCGGGUGUGGAAGGCAACCUAAAUCUGUGUCAGAUAAUUGCUCGGAUGAUAGAUGGAAAAUGUUUAAGAAGAGAAAUGACACUUGAUCCUGGAGAAAUUGAAUAUGAUAGGGUGGAAGAUGUGGACAUUAGUGCAGACGAGGAAAUUAUAGGAUCAAUUGCUUCCUCGAGUCAAUAG